AUGACGCACGGGGACAGUGCAGGUCCUGUUUGCAGCCUGAAGUUUGUGACUCUGCUGGUGGUCCUCGGUCCGGAACUCCUAUUUCUGGGAGCCGGAGUGCAGCUUCAAGAAAAUGGGUAUAAUGGAUUACUUGUUGCAAUCAAUCCUCAGGUAUCCGAGGAUCAGAAACUCAUCCCAAACAUUAAGGAAAUGAUAACUGAAGCUUCUUAUUACCUAUUCAAUGCUACCAAGAGAAGAGUGUUUUUCAGAAAUAUAAAGAUUUUAAUACCUGCCACAUGGAAAGCUAAUAAUUACAGCAAAGUAAAACAAGAAUCAUAUGAAAAGGCAAAUGUCAUAGUGACUGACUGGUAUGGGGCACAUGGAGAUGAUCCAUAUACCUUGCAAUACAGAGGGUGUGGAAAAGAGGGAAAAUACAUUCAUUUCACACUUGACUUUCUACUAAAUGAUGACUUAAGAGCUGUCUAUGGAUCACGAGGCAGAGUGUUUGUUCACGAAUGGGCUCAUCUCCGUUGGGGUGUGUUUGAUGAAUAUAACAAUGAGAAACCUUUCUACGUAAAUGGGCAAAAUCAAAUUAAAGUAACAAGGUGUUCAUCUGACAUCACAGGCAUUUUCUUGUGUGAAAGAGGCCCUUGCCCCCAAGAAAACUGUAUUAUUAGCAAGAUUCUCCAAGAAGGAUGCAUGUUUAUAUACAAUAGCACCCAAGAUGCAACUGCAUCGAUAAUGUUCAUGCAAAGUUUAUCUUCUGUGGUUGAAUUCUGUAAUGCAAGUACCCACAACCAAGAGGCUCCAAACCUGCAGAACCAAAUGUGCAGCCUCAGAAGUACGUGGGAUGUAAUCACAGACUCUGACGACUUUAAUAACAAUUUUCCCAUGAAAGGGACUGAGCUUCCGCCUCCUCCCACAUUCUCUCUCAUACAGGCUGGCGACAAAGUGGUCUGUUUAGUGCUGGAUGUGUCCAGCAAGAUGGCAAAGGCUGACAGAUUCCUUCAACUGCAACAAGCAGCAGAAUUUUACUUGAUGCAGAUUGUUGAAAUUCAUACCUUUGUGGGCAUUGCUACUUUUAAUAGCAAAGGGACAAUCAGAGCCCAGCUGCACCAAAUUAACAAUGAUGAUGACCGAAAGCUGCUGGUUUCCUAUCUGCCUACCACUGUGUCAGCUGAAGCAGAAACCAGCAUCUGCUCAGGGCUGAAGAAGGGAUUUGAGAUGGUUGAAAAACUGAAUGGAAAAGCCUUCGGCUCUGUGAUGAUACUAGUGACCAGUGGAGAUGAUGAGCAUGUCACCAACUGCUUCCUCACUGUGCUCAGCAGUGGUUCAACUAUUCAUACCAUUGCCCUGGGUUCAUCUGCAGUCAAAAACCUGGAGGAAUUAUCACAUCUUACAGGAGGUUUAAAGUUCUUUGUUCCAGAUAAAUCCAACUCCAAUAGCAUGCUUGAUGCUUUCAGUAGAAUUUCCUCUGGAACCGGAGACAUUUUUCAACAACAUAUUCAGCUUGAAAGUAUAGGUGAAUAUGUUAAACGUCACCAUCAACUGAAAAACACUGUGACUGUGGAUCACAGUGUGGGCAAUGACACUACCUUUCUAGUCACAUGGCAGACCAGUGGUCCCCCUGAGAUUGUAUUAUUUGAUCCUAAUGGAAGAAAAUACUACACAGAUGAUUUUACCACCAAUCUAGCUUUUCGGACUGCUCGCCUCUGGAUUCCAGGAACUGCUAAGCCUGGGCUAUGGACUUACACACUGAACAAUACCCAUCAUUCUCCUCAAGCCUUGAAAGUGACAGUGACCUCUGGUGCCUCCCGCUCAGCCGUGCCCCCUGCCACUGUGGAAGCCUUUGUGGAAAGAGACAGCACCCAUUUUCCCCAUCCUGUGACAAUUUAUGCAAUUGUGAGAAAGGGGUUUUAUCCCAUUCUCAAUGCCACUGUAACUGCUACAAUUGAGUCAGAGACUGCAGAUCCUGUUACGCUGAAACUUUUUGAUGAUGGAGCAGGUGCUGAUGUUAUAAAAAAUGAUGGAAUUUACUCGAGGUAUUUUUUCUCCUUUGCUGUAAAUGGUAGAUAUAGCUUGAAAGUGCAUGUCAAUCAUUCUCCCAGCAUAAGUGCCCUAGCCCACUCUAUUCCAGGAAGUCAUGCUAUGUACGUACCAGGUUACAUAACAAACGGUAAUAUUCAGAUGAAUGCCCCAAGAAAAUCGGUGGGCAGGAGAGAGGAAGAGCAAAAGUGGGGCUUUAGCCGAAUAAGCUCAGGGGGUUCUUUCUUUGUGCUGGGUGUUCCAGCUGACCCACAUCCUGAUGUGUUUCCGCCAUGCAAAAUUAUUGACCUGGAAGCUGUAAAAUCAGAAGAAGAGGUGACUUUAUCUUGGACAGCACCUGGAGAAGACUUUGAUCAGGGCCAGGCCAACAGCUAUGAAAUAAGAGUGAGUAAAAGUCUACAGAAUAUUCAAGAUGACUUUAACAAUGCCAUUUUAGUGAAUACAUCAAAGUUAAAUCCUCAGCAAGCUGGUACCAAGGAGAUAUUUACAUUCUCAUCAGAGCUUUUCACAAAUGGACUUGAACAUCAACCUGAUGGAGAGACACAAAAAAGUCUCAGAAUUUAUGUGGCAAUACGAGCAGUAGAUAGGAACUCCUUAAAGUCUGCUGUAUCUAAUGUUGCUCAGGCAUCUCUGUUGAUUCCCCCAAAUUCUGCUCCUGUAUUUGCCAGAGAUGAUUUUAUGUUGAAAGGAGUUUUGACAGCAAUGGGUUUUAUAGGAAUCAUUUGCCUCAUCAUAGUUGUAACACACUGUGUUUUAAACAGGAAAACGAGAGCAGACAAGAAAGAGAAUGAAACAAAAUUAUUAUGA